GUUAGUUUAAGCGGAUGGUGAUUUGAUUAUUUAUAUCUGGGGCUAGUGUUUUAUUCCGAAUAAAACGAUUUCUUAAUUAACUACUAUUUUUUUGAUCGUCUGUUGGCUUGCAUCUAUCAGCCUUUCGGGUCGCCAGCCUUUAGCUGGGACGUUCAGGGAAACAUUUUAUAAUUUGGACACUUAUUAACUGACUUAUGAGUACAGUAUGACGUUAUGUUUUCCUACUCCUAGUCCAAAUAAUUAAGUACGGACUUCUUACGUGUAUUGAUUGAUUGAUUUACUUACAUGUAUGUUAAUAAGCUGACCAUGUCAAAGAACGAUGAAUAUUCUUACUGACUUCCCAUAUCUAAUUCCACAAGAACCUGAUGGGUUUCACUACAAUGGCUACAUCAGCAUAAAGAACAAGCUAUUUCGUCUGGAAGUAAAGCUACCAUCAAGUGGGAACUUGCAGGAUGGCCAAGUGAACUGUGAUUGGAAAUUGCGACAAGUUCUUGGGAACUUUUCAUCAAUAUUAAAACAGAGACUGCAGCAGUGUGAUACACUUCAUUCCUUCCUCAAGGAGCUUCAAAGUGUGGCAGAGCGUCAGUUGGAAAAAGAGACGGGAUUUGAAGAGUCAUCGUCACAGCUAUGCCGCCAGCUCAUUACAGACAUUGAGGAUCUGGGAUGGGAAAAGUUAGCCUAUGUGGAUGACGAUUUCCAAGAAAUUCAUCUGGCUUACACUGAUUCAGAUGGCCGUACACACGUGCUGAAAUUAUACAUAAACAAGCAGUAUCCCCAUGAAGCUCCUAAAUAUUCUGUCCAGCUUCCUGUCAAGUUUGAGCUCCAUUGGUCAGGGGCAAGGGGGCUGACUCCUUCCUACCAGCAUUUUGUGUGUGCAGUCCAGUCUUAUCAAGAGUUCUGGUCCUUGGUUGGUGAACUUGAUUCAAACACUUGGGUCUUGGAGCCAGAAAAGCCAGCUUUCUCAGCAAGACACAGGAGAAUAGCUAUAGACUCGAGCGUUUCUGUCCAAAUCACAGUUGACCCAGUCAAUCCUCGGGCUCUACCAGACUGCAAGUUUCUAGGCUCUGACCAUGCAAUUGCACCAUUAAGGCAAAGUAUGAAUAACAAUAUUUCAGAUUGGGAUGAGAAUGGAAGCUUGUUAAAGAACUUGGAGCACCUACUUGAUGUUAAAUUUCCAUCCCCAUCCACACACAGCAAAGAGGAGUUCAGUGCAGAGUGUGGUAUUUGCUAUGCAUACAGACUGGAGGAUGAGAUUCCAGAUGAGGUCUGUAAUGAUGCUAGAUGCCAUCAGCCCUUCCACAGGGCUUGCCUUGUAGAGUGGCUGAGAGCUCUCCCAUCCAGCAGACAAAGUUUCAACACCAUCUUUGGCUCCUGUCCUUACUGUGAAAAGGCAAUGACAGUGAAGCUUAUUGCAAGAUGACUUCAACACAUGUACCAUUAUUGCUAAUAACAGGAACUCAGCCAUAAAAGCGUUAGAACAUUUAGUAAAGAAAUGUUGCUUGUUAAUAGCAUCACUGUGAAAUGUCAGCUCAUAGUGUCACUGUUGUGUUCAACACUGAAGAGUCUUUGAGGAUUAAAAUAAUUGUUUUUGUAAGCUUACUAAUGAUAAUGCAAGCCUUAAAACUUAGCAACCAGUGAACAUAUCUAAAACCAAUUAGAACAUUUUAUCAGUGAAUAUGUGAACUAUAAAAGACUUCAUCAUUAGUUCUAGUGUUCUUUUUUAUUUGGAAGAAAGUUGUUGUUUAUUAAUUACAUUCACUUCAAAAUUGCUAAAAAUAUUCAGUAGUUGUUCGUUUGCUUCAUAAGAGCAAUUAAAUAACCAUAUAACACCUUCUUAUUUGAAAUAAAUACUCUUACUUUUAUCUCUACUUUUUGGUUAUUUGUCACUUGAAAGCCUGCUUAAGUAUAAAUGGAAAAUGAAGAACAUUGCUGAAUGUAAUGAUGUUGUUUGAAGUGUCAGCGAACAUUUUCAUUGACAUUGUUUUAUCUUGUUAACUUUCUAAAUAACGUGUUUGUCCAUGUAUAAAAACAUGACACUGUUAAGCAUGUUAAUUGUGUAAAACAUCUCCUACAUUGUGUUCAACAAUAAAGAUGUGUUUAAAUUA